ACGCAGGUUUUGGGACGGCGGGAGGCUUUGGGACGUCCGCGUUCGGGACCACCACCAACGCUGGAGGACUGUUUGGUGCCACACAGAAUAAACCUGGCGGUCUGUUCGGGGCCAGCACCUUCAGCCAGCCGGCAACUUCCUCCACCAGCACCGGCUUCGGUUUCGGUGCAGCGAGCGGCACCACAACCAGCCUGUUUGGCAGCACCGGAACCGGCACCACCGGCGGACUCUUCUCCCAGCAGAACAAUGCCUUCGGUGCCAGCAAACCCACCUCUUUCGGAAGCUUUGGGACAAGCACCAGCAGCGGCGGCCUGUUUGGGUCCACCAACACCGCCUCCAACCCCUUCGGUGGAACGCCCUCGCUGUUCGGAGGCUCCGGGUUCUCCGCCGCGCAGCAGCCAGGAACCACCGUAAAAUUCAACCCUCCAACAGGAAGUGACACAAUGGUGAAAGCGGGCGUGACCACGAGCAUCAACACCAAGCACCAGUGCAUCACAGCCAUGAAGGAGUACGAGAACAAAUCUCUGGAGGAGUUGAGGCUCGAGGACUACCAGGCAGGCAGGAAGGGCCCGACCAACCCGAUGGCUGCGGGGACAGGAAGUCUGUUCGGACCGGCCGCGGCCACAUCCAGCGCCACCACCGGCCUGUUCGGCUCCUCUGCCCCCAACACCAGCUUCUCCUUCGGACAGAACAAGGGCACCUUUGGAGCAGCGACAGCAGCAGCAGCCCCCGGUGGGUUCGGUACAGCCACAGGCGGUCUGUUCGGUCAGCCGACCCAACAACAAGCCGGCAGCCUCUUCAAGCCGUUCGGUCAGGCCACGACCACACAGAGCACCGGCUUCUCCUUCGGAAACACCAACACUAUGGGACAGGCCCCCGCCAGCAGCAUGGGUUUGUUUGGAAACACGGCGGCGUCUCAGACGAGCGGGUUGUUUGGCGCAGCUCAGACGAGCACUGCCACUGGCUUUGGGACGGCCACCGGGCUGUUCGGCCAAACCAACACUGGAUUUGGAAACGUCGGCACUCAGCAGAGUUUAUUUGGGAAUAAGACGGCUGGGUUCGGUGCCACCACCACCAGCGCCCCGUCCUUCGGCACCGGCACCGGGCUGUUUGGCAACAAGCCGGCCCUCACACUGGGGACUGGAGCCAACACCUCCACCUUCGGUUUUGGUGCAAACCCUGCUGGAGGGAGUCUGUUUGGGAACAAGCCGGCCACUGGUGGACUGGGAGCUGGACUGGGAACCAGCUUCGGAACAGCAGUCGGCACAGGGCAGACGUCUCUGUUCGGGAAUAACCAGAACAAACUGGGAACCACACUGGGAACAAUGGGAACGUUCGGAACAGCCGGAUUCAACACAGGAACCAGCACCCUGGGCUUCGGAGCUCCACAGCAACCCGUCGCGCUCACAGAUCCAAAUGCGGCGGCGGCCCAGCAGGCCAUACUCCAGCAGCAGCUCAGCGUUCUGGCGUACUCGCCAUACGGAGACUCUCCGCUGUUCAGAAACCAGCUGUCGGACCCCAAGAAGAAAGAGGAGCGUCUGAAACCAACCAAUCCGACAGCCCAGAAGGCUCUGACCACGCCCACUCACUACAAGCUGACCCCUCGACCCGCGACCAGGGUCCGCCCCAAAGCGCUGUCGUCAUCAGGGGCCUCCAAGUCUCAGCUGUUCGACGGCCUCGAUGACGACGAGCCCUCACUCACCAACGGCGCCUUCAUACCCAGGUACCCCUCCGGUCACCAUGACAACAGUGAAAGUGCUUUGUGA